ACACACCACCCAAACUAAACAACACCAGCUUCUCUCACGAUCACGAUGAUGAGAGCCCUGGCGGUGGUGGCCAUGGUGGCCACCGCCUUAUUCUUCGCUGUGCCCGCUCGCGCCGAGCAGUGCGGGUCGCAGGCCGGCGGCGCGCUGUGCCCCAACUGCCUGUGCUGCAGCCAGUUCGGGUGGUGCGGCAGCACCUCCGACUACUGCGGCAGCGGUUGCCAGAGCCAGUGCAGCGGCAGCUGCGGCAGCACCCCGAACCCGCCGAGCAGCGGCGGCGUGGCGUCCAUCAUCCCCGAGUCGCUCUUCAACCAGAUGCUGCUGCACCGCAACGACGCGGCGUGCCCCGCCAACGGCUUCUACACCUACGCGGGCUUCAUCGCGGCGGCCAACGCGUUCCCGGGCUUCGGCACCACGGGGGCGCCCGACGUGCAGAAGCGCGAGCUGGCGCCUGGCGGCGUUCCUGGCGCAGACGUCGCACGAGACGACGGGCGGGUGGGCGACGGCGCCCGACGGGCCCUACGCCUGGGGCUACUGCUUCAAGGAGGAGCAGGGCGGCGCGUCGGGGCCGGACUACUGCGAGCCCAGCGCCCAGUGGCCGUGCGCCGCGGGGAAGAAGUACUACGGCCGCGGGCCCAUCCAGAUAUCCUACAACUACAACUACGGGCCCGCCGGCCAGGCCAUCGGCGCCGGCAUCCUCGCCAACCCGGACCUGGUGGCCACCGACCCCACCGUGUCGUUCGAGACCGCCGUCUGGUUCUGGAUGACGCCGCAGUCGCCCAAGCCGUCGUGCCACGACGUCAUGACGGGGCAGUGGACGCCCUCCGCGGCUGACACGGCCGCCGGCAGGCUGCCGGGCUACGGCGUCGUCACCAACAUCAUCAACGGCGGCCUCGAGUGCGGCCAUGGCGCUGACAGCCGCGUCGCCGACCGGAUCGGCUUCUACAAACGAUACUGUGACUUGCUUGGGGUCAGCUACGGCGACAACUUGGACUGCGCCAACCAGACGCCCUUCAACGGCUGAUUAAUAAGCUAGCUACCUCACCAUGCAUGCAUGCCUUAUUAUUAGAGAACACAAUAAGACCUGAUCGAUAUGAUGAUGGGUAUGUAUUACUUUACUACACGCAGAUCCAGCAAUCAAGAAUAAAGCAAAUUAAUGUUUA